AUGCCUCCACAGCCUCUCUAUGGAGGGGGGCUCCGAAUUCGACCCUAUCAGCAUCGGCCUCCGAAAGAUGGCAAUUCGUUGUUUGCCAAGCUGCCACCAGAGAUCCGCUGCAAGAUAUGGCAUCUCCUCUUAGUAAGACCCAGUGGUCCGGUUAUGCCGGUACACAUUCCCAGAGACACUGCGACAGAAACAUUCUUUUCCGUGGAAAUGUCUCCAAAUGUGACAUUUGAUCUUGAUGCCAUCAUGCAGACUUGCCGGCUAUUUUAUCAAGACCAAGAAGAUUAUCUAAUCUUUUACAAGUACAACGUGUUCCAGUUCCCUAGAACUCGUGAUUGCCUCACUUAUGUCGCCGCCAUCACGCCGUCUCGUCGCAAAGCCAUCCGCAACCUCACCAUCGCAUCGGAUCCCAUGCCCUAUUAUCCCGAGAGCGUCGCAAACCGCGAGCCUGGAGAUCGUCUACGCGCCAUUGCCAUGCUUUGUCCAAAUCUGCGCGUUCUCAGACAUGAGAAAUUCUUUUACCGCGCAGAGAAUUUGACCGACUUGGCCGGUAUGCUGUCUGGGUUCCUAGAGCCCAUUGUUUCCAUUUUGCCAUUGUUAAAGGAGGUUUACGUCCGUGGCGCCAAUGGAGGAUAUAUGCAGAUGGAAUGCCAUAUGACUUUGAAGAGCAUAAAAUUCGCCUGGAAAACGUCAACGGUUCAAGAUCCGCAUAACUGGUCAACGAGGCGUACAAGAUUCAGCGAACGAGGCGAGAACAUGCUAACGGCGGUUUGGGAUAUAUUAUGUCAAAGAAGGGAAGAGUUUUGCAGGCCACUCCGCUCUAGCCGUCUGAAUGAUGCUAUUGCAUCUACACCCAUUCUCACUCUUGGAGAAGAUCGCUGGCAGCAAGGAGAUGCCAUCAACGUGCCACAAAGUCCUGUGCCUAGCCUAAGAGUCGGGGCAGCAUUAACAGUAGCGCCCGAUUUCAUAAUCAAUGGUUUGGGGACUGUGAAAAGUAUUUACUUCCCCAGGUUAGGCGGGAGCCCUGAAUUAUAUAUUGGAAGCCAAUUCUACACUUGGGAUGCCAUUUUUCAUUCCAACCGUAUGUCAGAAACUCACAGCAAAGGAUACCUAUGGAGUGUUGUGAACUUGUUCACAAGAAAGUACAUCCCAUGGGUGUAUUUUUCGCGAACUAGCAAAGGGAGACGCCACGGGAAUCGGAGUCGUCAAAGUUUCCUGAUUAACUGCAUAUGGCGGCUUGAGUGGCGAGACAGGGCUGCGAAACUGGAUGUGUUGAAGGAAUUAUACCGUCGUUGGGACAAGAGACCUCGACGGCGGCGACAGCGGUGA